AUGGGAUUGACCUUUUCAGUAUAUUUACUACGUCCAAUAUAUCCCGACUGUGAACCACCAAAAUUAACUGUUCAACUUCUCGCGGCAUCUAUGAUACUGAUCCUGACUGGAGUGAACUGUUGGUCGGUAAAAGUGACAACGGUAGUUCAAGACUGGUUCACCUAUGGAAAAGUGUUUGCACUAGUGGCCGUUAUAUUUACCGGUGGAUACCUUUUAAUAUUUGGUAAGGAGCAUGUAGUUUUGAAGUCAUUCGAGCAUUUCAAACUAAAGGGGAGGGGCAUUUCUGAGUAG